UUUGACUUUAAACAGAAUAAAUAUAAUUAAUGUAUACAUAUUUCCAAAUAUGCACAAUUAGUACAUUGUUUUUUAGAAAGUACUCAAUGCAGACAUUAACUUUACAUCACAAAUAUUUAAUAAUAAUAAAGUAGUAAAAUUAUUAGUCUCUUAUUUUCAUCCCUACGGUUCUGCAUAUCAAUUAUAUUGUAUAUCUAUCAACACAAUUCAAUCUCUCUUCCUUUGAGCCAUUAAAAAAAAAAAUCUCUCUUCUUCCUUACUUCUUCAUUACAACUUACAAGCCUUACUGGUUUUCUCUAGCAAUCAAACAUGACGAAAACAAUUAAGUGGGGAAAUCGCCCCUUCCUCUUCUCUCUUCUCUUCAUAUUUUUUUCCUUCUCAAAUGUCAACUUGUUUUUAUCUUUUUUGUAGUUUCUGUUUGAAGUUUUCAUUUUUUCUUUUUAGAUGGUUGAUGUCUUGACAUUUGAUGACACAGAUCUGAAGUUUUUUUUUUUUUAAUUUAGUUCAUGUUUUUGUUUCUAGUUUCUUUUUUGUUUGUGUUGUCUACAGAUCUGAGUUAGUUUAUAUUAAUUUUUUCAGUUUUUGUACUUUGAUUUUAAGUUUUUCUUUUCCACGAAUUCUGUAACCCGUACAAAUCCAUCCGGGAACCCGCAAAACCGAUCGACCCGAACCCGUAUAAUCCGUAGGCAAAUUUUGGGUCGACAUGGACUAUAAAGUUUCACCCGUGGAUUGGGUCGGUUGUAUGUUUUGGGCCUGAACCGACCCAAACCGACCCAUUGUCCACCUCUAGUGUCGUGUGCGUGUGCUCCCCGUAGAGUUGAAUUGAAAAUGAAAGGUGCCAGGUGGGUUAGAAUCUUGUGAAUCAGAGCCUAUUUUAUUUUAUUUGCACUCUUUUCUCCACGUUCCUUCUCAACUACGAAAAAGCUACAGUUUCUUUCUUCUUUUUCUUCUUCUAUCUAGGUCUUCAUUUCUCCGAUUCCGAUUCCGAUUCGGAACCUUCCAAUGCUUGUUUGAACUAAUCACAAUUCAUUCGCAUUGCAUUCUUUUCAAUGGAAGAUUCUUCUUUCACUGGUUUACCUACUAGCCACUUGCUCGGUUCAGUUCCUGCUGUCAUAGUUGAAGAAGAUAAAACUACGAAACAUGUGGUCCCUGAUUCAAAAAUACAAAUAUUCCCUCCAGCCGCCAAUGGAGGAGACAGAAGACCCGGAGGAUAUCAAACAAUCGGCACUCCUACAGAAACCUUUGAACAACAACCAACAAACAACUGGAGAGGAUUUUUUAGUGUCUCAUCUUACUCACAGUAUUUUGAUGUAGAUACAGAUGCGGUUAUGACCAGAUUGAUAAGUUCCUUAAAUCCAGUUGGUGGUGAUUUCUUCAGCAAGAUAGAUGCCAACCCUGAUUUAUAUGGGCUUAUAUGGAUCUCAACAACAUUGGUUUUUGUACUUGCCUCGGUUGGAAAUCUUGCCACAUUCCUCAUGCAAAAACAUGGAGAGAGCAGUACCUCAUGGAGCUUUGAUGUUAGCUAUAUGAAUACAGCUGCAUGGUCUAUCUAUGGUUAUGCAAUAGUGGUCCCAGUGGCAUACUACUUCUUCCUUCAGUACAUGGGUUCAAAGGCUAGCCUUAUAAGGUUUUGGUGCAUGUGGGGAUAUUCCCUCUCCAUUUUCAUCUUCUCUUCAUUUUUGUUGUUAAUUCCAGUUGAGUUUCUACGGUGGAUCAUAACACUCCUUACUGGUGUUGCGUCAGCUAGCUUUGUUGCCUUAAACCUCAGGUCUUACAUAGAAGGCAAUGAUCUUUCAGCGACAAUUAUUGCCGCAUUUGUCUUGCAAAUAGGUUUGGCAGUCUUCAUCAAGGCUUGGUUCUUUGCAUAGGAAAAUGCACAGGAACAGUGAAGAAUAAGUUUCCAACGAUACCAUUGUUAGCUCGCUCCAUCGGCUACCUUUGUUCAAGAUGAGUGUGGAAUCUCUGCAUCAAAUUUGGCUUGUUUGUGUGGAUUUAUUAGAAUGGAAUUGGGAUGAAUUGCAGAGUAAUGUGAUUUCUGUAUCAGCUUGGUCUGUGUCCGUAAUAUUUUGGCCUAAUGCUUUGAGAAUGGAAUUGAAGUUUAAAUGUUUGAGCUUCUUGCAUAUCUGUGUAAAUAUACCACGUAAAUCUCUUUUUCUAAUAAUCCAUGUAACGGUCUUGUAAUGUCCCAAUAUUUACAAUGAUAUACUAUUUAUUACGAAA